AUGAACAAACUGAGAGUGGCUGUAUUAGUAAGUAAUGACACUAUUGUCGUGCCAGGCUCUCUAGCAAAGUCUAUUCUUACUUCAUUGUCAAAGAAAGAACGUCUCUCUACACUUACUAUUGGAAUCAUAGGUUCUGGGAAUAUUGGAAAAGAAAUUGCUAAGAAAUGUAAACAAUUUGGUAUGACUGUAUUGGGUUUAACAAGAGAACCAGUUCCCUUGGAUAAGAGGAUCCCUUAUGUUGACCAAUAUAAAUUACUGGAUGAGUUACAUGAGUUGUUAGGGACAUCAGAUUAUGUAUGUAGUGUAUUACCUAGUACUUCUGAUACUCGUGGUUUACUUAGUGGAGAAGUAUUUAAACAUUGUUUCACCAAAGUACAGAAGUCAGUAUUCAUUAAUGUUGGAAGAGGUGAUGUUACAGAUGAAGCUAGUAUAUUAAAAGCUAUGAGGUUAAUACCAUCCAUCCAUCCAUUUUAUUUAUCUCUGAUAAUACAGAAGUCAGUAUUUAUUAAUGUUGGAAGAGGUGAUGUUACAGAUGAAGCUAGUAUAUUAAAAGCUAUGAGAGCUGGAUGGUUAAGUGGUGCAAUCCUUGAUGUGUUUGAAACAGAGCCCCUCCCCACCAACAGUGAACUGUGGGACCUUCCAGGACUUUUAGACAAUCAACAGCUGCCUUCACUCUAA